CUGCCCCGGUCAUCACUGCCACAGCUGCUAAAAUGGAGGUGGUUUCAGCAGAAGUCAACAGCUUGCUCCCUGAGGAAAUAAUGGACACGGGUAUAACUCUGGUGGAAGAUGACAGCAUCGAGGCAGUUAUUGUGUCAUCACCAAUGGAAGAUUCUAUUCCCAUGGAAACAGAGCUGGAAGAAAUGGUGAACAUAAGGUCCACGAGUGACUCCUCAGUUACAACUACAGCCACAGUCACCACAGAGUCAGUUACUGCACCCAGCAAUCACUCAGACGAUGCGACAGUGAACACCACAACCCCAAAACCUGACGUGAAUGCGGUAGCGAAGUCCGCCUUUCCCAGCGGCCUCCAUAAACUCGGUGCUCAGACCCCCGUCACUAUAUCAGCCAAUCAAAUUAUUCUGAACAAGACCGCUGAUAUCAAGAUAGGCAACCAGAGUAUUAAACCGGAUGGGCAAAAGCUGAUUUUAACAACUUUGGGCAAGUCUGGCCAACCUAUUGUCUUGGCAUUACCCCACAGCCAGAUCCCGCAGGCGCAGAAGGCCGCGUCCCAGGCCCAGAGCGCAGAGUCCAAGGUACAAGGCCAGCAGAUCAAAGUUGUCAUUGGAGGUCGGUCAGAAGUGAAGCCUGUUGGCGUCUCAGCCUUGGCCCAAGGAAACCAGCUGGUGAGCGCUGCGGCCCAGCCCUCUGUCCUGCAGACCCAGCAGCUGAAAACCGUGCAGAUUGCGAAGAAGACCCGAACCCCAACUUCUGGCCCAGUGAUCACCAAGCUGAUCUUUGCAAAACCAAUCAAUAGCAAAGCUGUCACAGGGCAGACCACUCAAGUGUCACCAGUCAUUGCAGGUAGGGUUCUUACUCAGUCUGCCCCAGGAACACCACCAAAGACAAUAACCAUCUCCGAGAGCGGAGUCAUCGGGUCGUCGCUGACGACCACAGCGCAGCAGACGCCGAAUAAGAUCGCGAUCUCACCACUCAAGUCCCCUAGUAAG